GCAGCAACUCAUCCGGCCCUUCCUCUUUCUCAGUCUGAUUGACCCGAUAAAUACCGCUCACCCUGGAGCUGCAGGCUGCGUGUCCGGGCAGCAGACAGACAGACAGCAUGGACCAAAGGUACCGCCAACCUGUGGCGUUUAUUCUACUGUUUGGAGCUCUGCAAUGUGUGAGUGGAUUCAAGAUCAUAGGAGGCUGGGAAGCAAAGCCCCACUCCAGACCCUACAUGGUGUCAGUGCAGCAGAAUGGGACUCAUCACUGUGGGGGGUUCCUGGUGGCUGAUCAGUGGGUGGUCAGCGCGGCACACUGCUACACAGCACAGUCCAGUCCUUACAAAGUGCUUCUUGGGGCCCAUUCUUUGAGUGACAGCGAGUCGACCAAACAGACCUUCACUGUGGCUUCCAUUCACUCUCGUCCAGACUUCAAUAUUGAAAUAAACUUUGACAAUGACAUUGCACUGCUGAAGCUGGACGGGCGCGCCUCGCUGACCCAGGCUGUUCAGAAGGUCUCGUACCAGCGAGUGAGCGGAGAUGUGCCGGAGGGGACCGUGUGCAGCACGGCUGGCUGGGGCUGGAUCAAUAACGUGGGGAUAAAUCCGGACAAACUGCAGGAGGUCAACGUGACUGUGAUCGGCCACAAGACGUGCUCCAGCCGCCGGUACUAUGGCAGCAAGAUCACGGGCAACAUGAUGUGCGCAGCGGGCCAUGGUAAAGACAGCUGCCAUGGUGAUUCUGGAGGCCCCCUCUUGUGCAAUGGGCUGGUGGAGGGCAUCACUUCCUUCGGAGGGAGUAAGUGUGGGAGACCCAUGAAACCUGGGGUGUACACCAUGAUCUCUCACUACAGGGACUGGAUCGACGCAGUGAUGAAUCAAGGGUCUAAGUACUGACCUGUGCUCCACCAACCAAUUCAAAUAGCUUGCUCCUGCGUGCACGCGAAAAAGUAAUCUUGGAACACUAUGCACGUGCCUUUCCAGUGCAUUUCCUCUGCUUUCCCACAGUGUUUACCAUGAUGUGCUACUAGACUCUGCAGUAAGAAGGCUGUCUCUGAUGUAAUAGGGUCUAUUUGAAUGAUCUCAUCUGUGGCAGAUUUUGCCAAACUAGAUCAUAGACCUGUUUUUUAAAUGUACUUCCAUUUAAUUAUGUUAUGGGAGGGGGGGGGGGGGGUAACAGAAUGCUAGCUGGAUAACAGAAUGUUAACAGGAUCACUAGUGCUAAGGUAAACUUUGUAUACACUGUUGAGAUUCACACAGUACCUUUAUGUUCCAACCACACAGGCAGGUGACUCUCAUCCUGGCUCCCUCCCGUGGCAUUCUGGGGAAUGUAGUGCCCCUGACUCCCUCUCCUCCCCCUACUCUGCCACACAAAAUAGACCCUAAUACCCCAAAACAGCCUGAAAGCAAAGAUAACAAGCAUGUUAUAUAUAAAAAAAA